UAAGUUGAAAAGGCUAUUAAAGGGGAACAAAGUACCUCUGUCGUGUUGGAGGAAGUUAGUUUGAAUAAUGUUUGCGAAGUGGGCCUAGAUUUUUCGAUUUUCCGCACUAUCCAAGGAAGUGCCUCGCUACAGGCGUUUAAUCUCAAAAAGUGCAUAGCCAAUACGAUUGUCGAGAACGAGGCAUCUAAUAGGAAGAAGCUUCAGUCCACUGAAGAUGGAUGCUAAGUCGAUAGCUGUAAUCUGCAUCGUAGUCGGCUGUUUAGUUGUUGUUUAUCCGAAGAUUUUCCAUCCCAUGAUCAAACGGGCACUUGGGUUUGGGGAGAAAACCAACGCUGACAAGUUGGAUAAAAAUGGAAUGCCACAUGCACCAAAAAUGAGGCCAGGGCCAAUGAGUGACAGGCAUAUGAUGGGUGGAACCCCCCACCCAGGCAUGCGGGCAGCAGCAGAGAUGCGUAAACAAGCCAUGGAGACGCAGGGCUCUGGGAGAGGAGGCAUGGUCACCAUGAUGUUGCCUGUGUACACUAUUGGCAUUGUGAUAUAUCUCAUCUAUACACUGUGUAAGAUCUUCAAUAAAGACGACAGCAAGAGUGGUGGAAGAAAGAACAACGUGUGGUACACGGAUAAAUUGAAGAGUUUUACUGAGGAGGAUAGUGAUGAAGUUGGAGAUGAGGAUUAUGCGGAGUACAUACGUAAAAAGAAGAGACAGAGAGAGCUUGAUAUUAUGCUAAACAAGGCAGAUGAAAGAAAGAUAUCGGACUAUGAGAUGCUUCAGCUGCAGGAGAAGCUACUGGAAACCGAAGCUCAGAUGCAAAGAAUAGUUGAUGCAAUGAAGCAAGUGCAGGGUAAAAUGACCACUGUGGGAAGUGAGACUGUGGCACAGAUGAGUCAAGGUGCAGGAGACAGUGGAUCAACAGAGCAGUUGUCCAAAAACCAAGAAACUGACAUGUGUGAGCCAAUGGCUGAUAAACUGGAACAAAAAGAGGAAAAUGCAUUGGAUCAAAUUUCAGCUCAGGGAGCUUCGUUUGAUCAGGAAGAAGAAGAUGAACUGAGCUUUGCAGAUAUGUCCCAUGACAGGACAAACUUUAGUGAGGAGCUGGGAAUUGAGGACAGUCUGACAGAGUCUGAUUCUGAGUCAGAGGAUACAGAGGCAGAACAGGACAAUAAUGAAACCUACAGGAAACACCAGCAGAGUGAUGAGAAUGAGGAAAAUGAAGUUGAAGAAAUACUCUUGCCAGAAAACAAAAGUGAUGACACCAGGUGUGAUGACGAGAGUGACGGCUUGCACCAUCUUAGAAAACGCCAGGCAAGAGACUUGCAUGCAGCAGAAGAUUAAGUUUUAAGAACGGCAGCUUUACAGUGCACCUAGCAGAUAUCAUGUUAGGUCUCAUACUGAUGAUUUUAUGAAUUAUUCACAUACUUUAGAAAUGGAAAGGUGCAUAGUUCCUUUAUUUAAUGAAAUUGAAUUGUGUGUGUAUUAUACAGUGCACCAACAUCAGUUUUUUGCUACUUUACAUAAGAAUGCAAUUUUUUUGGUCAGAAAUAUUUUUGUCAUCUUCUUUUAAGUCGUACAUUUUUAUAACAAUUUGGAUGAAAGAUUGAGAUAGCUGGUAUUUAACACAAUUAUUUCUUCUAUGAGUAAAAUAUGUUGUUAUCGUUUCAGUCAUAAUGAAGGCACUGUAGUGUUCAUUACUCAGCUUUAGCUGAUGAGACUAAAAUGGCUCUUUUUCUAAAGGCAACAUGGUAUUUCAUUGGUAUUUGACUUUCAUAUUUUGAUUUACAAACAAACUGAAUCAUGAAGAACUUUGUUGUCAUGUUACAUAAAAUAACAAGAUAAAAUGCCAACUAGUGAAUACAUACAGACUGCAAACAUAUUUGCAAUAAGAGAUUGAUUAAAUCAAGUUCAAAAUGUUCAAAAUGUGAGGAAAAAAAGCCAGUGUGAAGUUUUAUGUGGUAACGUUUUUGUCCCAUUUAUUGUUUGUUUAGUGUGUAGUGAAAGGAAUCUCAUCAUGAAUUGAAUUUUUAUACAUGUGAUAAAUAGUCUUGUUUUGUCUGCUGACAGUUGAACAUUAUUUUGUAAUUAAUGAGGCUUUUUACAUCUCAUUAUUUGGUGGUAGUGAUUUAUCCAUAGUUAUUAUGUGUUUGGAAAUAAUUGUGUAUUUUGUUAUAAACACUUGGUAUGUAACAUGGGCAAUGGGGCAUGUACAGCAUCUAUGCCACAUAAAUUUGCCUCAGUUUUUGACCUUACAUGUUACACAGGUAAGGCCCUCACAACAUCCCAACUUACAACUCUCAGUGGAUACGACUAUCCAAACCCUUGUGUAACUGUCCUCCAUCGCAUUAAAAAGUAUAUCAUUCACAAAAAAAAGUCAUAUUUUUCACAAACUAGUUUGGUAAUGUUUUACUCUUUUUAUUCCAGCUAUGCAGUAGUGUUAGCACUUGUGUGCACCAUUAAUUUACAAUAUACGUAUAUAUAACCUGUCUUACAGGGUGUCAUGAUAUACCUGGGCAUUAAAUAAGGCCAAAAAAACUGAGGCAACAAAUACCCAAUAUGGCGUGUGGCAAUCAUGUUUUUCUAGCUAACUGAAAUGUCAUAUAAAUAGCAACUUACUGUAUCUCAGUGUUAUUUUGUUGGUGUAAUUUAUUUUAAUAGAUGUAUUGGUAGACAAACUUGCACUUUAGGUGUGUUAUGAUAUCUUUUAAUAGUCCCAAAGAUCAUUUUGGAAUUCCUAGAAUGUCCCCAGUUAACUUCAAGUAUUACUGCUUUGGAUAAACAGAAGACAAAGCACGACUUUAUAUAGACUUUUUGAAAGUCAGUUUAUAUUUGCAACUCUUUUCUUUUUGCCUUAUGUUUGAUUUUGCAUUCACUUUUUCACGAUUGUAGAUAUUUAUAGCUAUUUUUUAUUUUUAUGCAAAAGUCAUUGAUUAGACAUUAUACUUUAAUUUAUUUCAACAAUAAAUGUUUCU